AUGGACCUGGUUAAUGUGGAUGCAAACCGCUACAGCAGGCAAAGUCACCCUAGGUGGUUGUGGGAUGGGCGUCUAACAAACUCGUUUCCACGCACUAAAAAUAAUUUUGUAGUGACAACUCACACAGUGGAAGAGUUGAACUUAGAUUCCCAGAAUGGAACCCGAUCAGCUUCAUUGGUUGCAUUUGGUGAUUUAUAUAAUCAUGCUUCUGCGAAAUCUAGAUCUCGUCAGACUUCACACAGUGCUGGUGUUACAACAAAUAACCAUGGAGAUGUACGCAUUUUACCAGGAGACCAUGCAGUUUUUACAGAAGCUUCAACUGGUCAAGGAACAACAGCUGUGCACCGUAGAAUGGAAGAAAAGGCCAUUGCUCCCGACAGUUUAAAUCUAGACAGACGAAAACUAAAAGUCUGUCCCAUCAUUGAAGGAGAAGAGUGCAUUCGUUUGUUGAACCUGCAACACAACCUCAUUACUCAAAUUCAGAAUAUGUCUAAUCUUCAACAGCUAAUAUUCUUGGACUUGUAUGAUAAUCAAAUUGAAGAAAUACGUGGACUUUCUAAUCUGUAUCAUCUCCGUGUUCUUAUGUUGGGAAACAACAGAAUAAAGAAAAUAUCUAAAUUGGAAAAUCUGAAGAAAUUGGAUGUUCUAGAUCUCCAUGGAAAUGAGAUAAGGAAAAUAGAAAAUAUAAACCACCUGAGUGAGCUACGUGUGUUAAACCUUUCCCGAAACAUGAUAAUUCAUGUAGAAAACUUGAAUGGUUUGGAUUCUCUGGCAGAACUUAAUGUCCGUUACAACCAAAUUGUCUCUGUGAGAGAUGCAGAUGCUUUGCCCUGUUUGCAGCGCUUGUUCCUCAGCUUCAACAAUAUUUCAAGCUUUGAAGAGAUUUUCUGCCUUGCUGAGUCUUCGUCUCUUUCAGAAAUCACCCUCGAUGGCAACCCAAUAGCUCAGGAGUCAUGGUACAAGCAGACUGUACUACGACACAUGCUGCAGCUCCGACAGCUGGACAUGAAGAGAAUCACGGAGGAAGAAAGACGCACUGCAUCAGCUCUGGCAAGAAAAGAAGAGGAGAAAAAGCGUGAAAGUCAUAGGCUGGCAGUACAAAAGGAGAAGAGGCGAUUAGCAAUUAGUAAUGCUGCUAGGCAGUGGGAAUUCCAACAAGACCGUGGUUCAUCAGUGAAUGAGGCUCGCCAAACUGUUUUAGAAGACAACCGGACUACGUGUAAUCCUUGUGAGUUCAGUGUCAGUGCUGCAGAGCAGUUUCCCAAGGAACUGAGUCGGAGUCCUGUUAAUGCCAUUGAGAAAGUAUAUAGUGGGAAGAAAGCUCCAGAUGACAACAACCUAGUCGUUAAAGGUGAUGUAACAAGGUCUCCAGAGAAGCUGCAAGGUAGCACUAUACAGGGCAUGUCAGUUUCAGAAGCUUACUUGGCUGAAUUGGAUGGAAACACUUUUCAUUUAUACGGGCCAGGAGCUCUGGAUUCACUUGAGCGGAGCUGGAAUCUGCAGACUGCAGGAAUUAUUACUACCGUUUCUUUUAAGUUCAUGGACUUUGAAGAUAUUGUCCCUAUUCUGAACAAAUUAAAAAUCAAAUUUCCAAGUAUUUCACAUCUACAGUUUGAAGAGACGAAUCUACAUACAUUGCAGCAGUUCAAUGCACUGGCACACGUUCGCCGUCUUGACCAACUGACAGUUCGUCCUCAAGGCAACCCAAUUGUAAAUUUCACACUUUGGAAAUAUUAUGUGCUAUUCAGAUUAAGCCAUUUUGGAAUACAAAAAAUAAAUGAAGCAGAGGUGACAGCCAAUGAUCUUGUAAUGGCAGAGAGAUUGUUUGGUAUUUUGGCAUAUGUUGCUUCCUCUGAGGUGCCAUAUUCACAACUUCUUUCAAUACUUGGGGAAUCCAGGAAGAAGCAGCUGCAAUAUCUUAUUGAAGGGAAAAUUAAAAAAGCUGGGACAGUCAGUGAAGAAAACAAUCACUGCAAGAGACUAGGAAGAGAAAGAAUUGGUCAAGCUGUAUUGGACUGCCCCUCUAGAGACUCUUUGGUAGAGAGACUUGAGGAACAAAAGCGAAUCAAGACUUUUUGCCAGGUCUGUGUUCAGGACUUGGUGAAAGAAGCUGCUGACAUCAGUAUGAAAAAUGACUUUCUACAGAAACUUUGGCCUCAGAUAUUCAUUGAGCUUGUCAAGGAUACGGUGAUAGAAAUGCGCAAUAAAAGUUCUUACAUGAAGCACUGCCUGCAGAAGGUCAUUGAUCAAAACUAACAGUCAUUUCCUGUCUGUGUAGCUUUCAGCAGGUCCCAAGGAAUUGCAAAAUACAUUAUUGAAGAUUGUCAGUAAAUGUCACUUGUUAGAUAAAGACCACUUAAUCUGCUCCUACAGAAAUUUCCAAAACAAAGGUUUUAUUGAGGAAACAAACAGCAAAAGUGCCACAGAACUGAAAAGGAGGCACAAAGAGCAGGAAGCCAAAGCCAUUGUUACUGUCUUCCAUUUACUGCUGCUAUUGCUGCUCUCUUGCACUACAGCCAAAAGGGACUUCAUGUGAUGUCCAUUGGCCAUUUGUUCAUUAUUUCACAGGUUUUAUGAAUGGUUAACAGCUGUCUCUUUGUUUGACAGCUCUGGGAUAGAAUUGAAUUAUGUUUAUCUGAGUAGAAGGAACAUUUCUUGUUUUUGUUUUAGACGUGCUGAUAGCUUGUGCUUUUAAAAUCAGUUGCUUCUGUGGAUUGUUUUUACAUGUAUUCAUUUUGAUUGCAUAUACUGUUUUAAUCUUUCUCAGCACCAGCAUAAAUGUGAGGCUGCAAAAUCUGAUAUGCUGACCGUUUUUGGACUGAAAUAUAUAUAUAAAUCCUUAUUUCAUGCUAUAUUGAAGUAUUCUUGUUGAUAUCGCUGAGCAGGCUGUUUUAAAUGUGAAUGGAUUGAAAUCUCGUAAGUCAAAUUAAUAUGAUCAGGUAAAGUAUUAUAAUUAUUGCAA